GACCGCGCGAGAGCGAGGCAGCUGGUAGAGUUCUCGCAGCGAGGGUUUCCGCUCACCUAAAAUAAAGAGCUGGCGAGCCGAGAACAAGGAACAACGGAACAGUAACGUUACUGACGGAACUAUACGUUCAAAACAUUAGAUUUUUUUUGUAUUAUUUUGCCACAUUCUAGUUUUGGGUGUAUCCAUUUAUACAACCGUUAAUUCGUCGGAUAUGAAGCAGUGAGAGGAGGGCUCGCCGCUGGUAACCUUUAGUUGGUUAAGCCGUAGAGGACUCUCGCUGGUUGCCGGAGGAAAAGAUGUGCGAUGGAAUGGUAGCGUUUCAGACGAGAGCCCGGUCUUCCUCUUCUUCCUCCUCUUCCUCCUCCGCUCUAGCCCACAGGCUGGCUGCCUCCACGCUGCUCCUCCUCUUCACCCUGCUCCCUCAUGGUCACGCAUCAGGUUGUGUGCGGCCACCCGGCGUGCAGCACGGAGACUUGCUGAACCAGACCGAAGCCAACCGGGGCUCUUUUCCCCCGGGCACCCUGCUGACUUAUGGCUGCGAGCCUGGCUACACCGCAGAUGGAACCACCACCAUCAUUUGUACCAGCUCUGGUGCCUGGUCCCAUCAACCUCCACUCUGCAUCAGAAGCAGCGUGUGUUCGCCCCCCACUGAGCCAGAGAACGGGGGCUACCGCUGUCACCCGUCUCCCUGCCACCGGCUCACCCAGAAGACCGUCAUCGAGUACUUCUGCGACGAGGGCUACGCUCUGAAGGGAAACUACAAGUUCCUUACCUGUCAGAACGGCGAGUGGGAUGGCCCCAUGCAGAUUAGCUGCCGACUCACACAAGACAAGGAGCCGAGCUCUCCGCUGGGUAUACCUGCUCUGUCUAUUGUGGCGUCCACAGCUAGUUCUGUGGCUCUCAUCCUGCUGUUAGUGGUGCUGUUUGUUCUUGUACAGCCAAAACUCAAGUCCUUCCAUCACAGCAGGAGGGAGCAGGGCGUCUCAGGCCAGUCCAGCUCCAUCAUGGUUGAGGGCGUCCAGGUGGCACUGCCCUCCUACGAAGAGGCUGUAUAUGGAAGCGGUGGACCCUGUGGUGCUUCGGGCCCUCCUCCUUCCCCACCACCUCCUCCGGCUCCUCCGGAGUGUCGAGUCCCGAUCGUGCUCUCCGAGGGUCUUCCUCAGGGGGCCACGGGAGGCCAAGGCCCCAGCAGAACCCGCCACCACAGAGACUUAGACUUCUGUCUCCCAUCCACAUCCGCCUCGUCAUCCUUCUCCUCGCGGCGUCAUGCAGAGACGGUGCUGGUUCAUCAAGCCCCUUCUUCCUCCUCUUCUUCAUCAUCAUGGGCUAGAGAGCACCCUGGGGGUGCAUGCGCAGGGCCCCUCCCUCUCCGUAGAGACUCUGAGAGUAGCGACCAGCACAGUCUGCUUUCUGUCACCUCUACGGAUGACUUUUCUGAUGAUAUUCCCCUUCUGAAGGAAGCAUGAAGCCUCCCAGCCUACUAUCAGCCUCAGCAGCAGAGCCUUUACUUCCCUAUCUCUCACUGCUGACCAGGACUGACUGUGGCUGUCAACCUACUUCCCCAAAGUCCCCUGAGCGGCCAGCAGAGAAAAGACUAGAACUAUGCCCCAUUCCCCAUGCAACCUCUUCUGCCAUUGCUACCCACGCAGAGCACCAUUUGACCCGGCUACUUGAUCAAACAGAAGACAAGCCUGUAAAACAAAGUGGUGCCAGCUCAACCUAAAUUCUGUAGAUUCUAUGUAUAUGUAAAACAUACAUACUGAGUCACGGUUGUGUACCAUAGGCUAUGUUUUACCAUACACUUGCCUCCUACCAGGUGUAGUUCUCUAUAUAAACAUUGCUCACAGAGGCUUCAUCAGAGAAGGCUAUAGCAGUCGAGACACGUCGACUGUCUGGGAUUACUGUGGAUAAAAAGAAGAAGAAAAAAAACUGUGUGUGAUGUUUGCUCCUGACGCUGUGACGCACAGAAUCGUCUUCCCGCUGUACUUGAAAAUUUGUGAGUGACGGCUGUUUUUUUUUUUUUUUUUUUUUUGCAGCCCGCUUUGUGAAUGCUGCAUGUUGUUUUGAGUUAUUGCUGUCACAGCACGGUGGCCCACUCUGAAUGAAGCAUGAAGCCUCCUCUGUCUCUCUGUUUCUCUCUCAAUCUAGUUUUCUGUGUAUCCGGGUGGUGUCUAGUAUAUGGAUUAGUGGGAUUGAGAACCACUUCACGAGAGCUAAAAGCAGAGCGCAGAGUUUUACGAAGCACCAUAUCACAACUAUUAAAAAACAAAAAAACCCACUCCUUUCUUUUCUGUUGCCAGCUGCACCCAGUAUCUGGAAGGUGCUCCUUCUGUCGCAUGAGUGGGAUUGAUUGGUGAUGUGGUUCCAGGACUGUGCUAUGCAUCAUACUUGUAUAAGGAGAGGGAGACAUAUAAUGUCACAAUUUGUCUGAAAGCUGAGGAGAGGGUUUUCUUUCAACAUGGCUAAACUUUUAAGAUUGUUUGUGAUUAUUUUUCUCCCCACUGUAUUUAUUGGUGUGUGGCCCAGUUUACUUUUAGUUGCUGAAUCUGAGUGCGUGCGUGCGUGUGUGUCAGCUAGGAAGGAGAGGACAUAUGGUAGCCCUCGAUACAGCCAUUUCCUGAUUUUCCUCUCUUUUAGAUCAGAGACUGACUUCACAAUAUCCCUGUCUUUCACCAUAGGAAAAUACCCCUCCCAGCAUUGAAUAAGUCACUUGAACAAACCAGCGUCACUUCAGGCAACGAAUCCACUACACAAUGUGUGUAUUAUUUAUCUACUCUCAAGCUAGAAUAUUUAUCAUUUUCUGCUGAAUGGCUGGAAAACACAAGUCCCCUUGGUGGGACUGGCACUCGCCCACCUUCACAGUGAACCGAAGACUUGUGUGCAUUAUUGCCACAACUGCAACUGGUUGCAGUGAAAUGCGCCCCCCCCUCCAACCGCCACAUACACUCUCUCACCCUCCUAACGUCAAGUGCAAAUUUAAGAGAGAAUCAUGUCAUUUUGUUAGAAAUCUUCCUCUGUUUUCAUUGCUAGUUGAAAAGCUUUGAUGGUUGAGCUGGUCACCUUGGAAACAGCAUGACUCCGAGGGAUCCUGAGAAUUACUCUCCAAGCUUAACUGCUCAGAAAAAAAAACCAAAACAACCCAUCUCCAUUUUAUUUGGCAUUUGUAGCUGUCUGUCAUUGUCAGUGGCUACAUUAUUAAUGCAAACAGAAUGUUGCCUUAGACUUGUACAUUUUCUUUUCUUUUUUUGUAUAAUCUUAAGCCUCUGCGUUGGUUGCUUUACAAUUUUGCAACGUAUUCUGUUUCCCCAAUGGCCUUACUCUGUUCUUUUCUAUUCUAUGCAUAAAACUGUCUUUGUGUAUUUACCAACGAGUUUACUUUUGUUGUGGACACGACUAAACGAAUGUCCAUUCCUCUCUGUCCUCCCCUAGCUUUACAGCUACUAUGAUGAUGAUGAUGAUGAUGAUGAUGAACCUAUAAGUACCUAUAUUUCACUAUUCCAUUGCUUCUCCUUUGAUACAAAGCAUUAAAAUAUAAUGGGAUAAUGGGGUAAAAAAAAAAAAAAAAACUGAAAUUAACUUCACGUUCAGAAGCACUGUUGUACGGUGUUGCGUCCCUGAAAAGAACAGGUAAAAUAAAUACACAUCUUGAUUUUUAGUUUCAAAUGCUUUCAGCUUUGGUUUUUCUCUGUACAUGGCAGUGGGUGUGAAGAUAGUAAUUUAAUAUUUGUAUAAAGUUUAAUUUAAUUUUACAGUGUGUAUAUAACUUUCUAAUUAAAGCUUUCUUUUGAAUGUG